AUGGAAAUAGCUGGUUCUUAUGAAGGAUCAGUGACCAUUGGGCUCAAUAGACGGCUGGACAAUAUCGACAAUACAAUUGCCGCAGCAAAGGUCGCCAAAUCAGAGGUUGCUACUCUUUAUGCUAUUGAGCUUGGAAACGAACCGAACUUCUUCACUUCAAGUGAUCCAAUCGCGGAUGGCCAGUCAUGGACGGCUGCAGCUGACGCAGCUUCGCAGGUCUUGUGGCAAGCAUCUGUAGGCAGUGCUUUGGACAAAACGUCAUUCGCCCAAGCUGGUGUCUUCUUCGGCGUGGGUACAUUCAAUGUGAGCAAUUUAGCCCAGAAAGAGGAAGAAGCCGAUACCACCCAAUACGUGCGCUCUUUCUGCCACCAUUACUAUCCGCAAUCAGCAUCUACCGCGGACCUAGAUGAAUUGAUGAGCCAUACCGAGAUUGUGGAGGGAGUGGCAGAGUUCCAGAGCCAAGUAGUGGCUGCACAGGAGCUCGACAAAGAUUUUGUCAUGGGAGAAACAAACUCGGCGACCGGUGGAGGUGGUGGUAUUAGCCCUACCUUCGGUGCCGGGCUUUGGAUCCUGGACUACGUCAUGCAAGCCACCAUUCUAGGUGUUAAACAAUUAUUCUUCCACCAAGGAACAAUUGGCAACUGUACGUAUCUCAUGUUGUUGCUUAUGUCUGGUUGGCGCAAGUUAACCCAUGGUACAGGCCCGUAUUGCUGGUGGGACGAAUCGGUGAAUGCGCCAUUCUACGGCGCCUAUACCGCCGCCCUUGCCCUCUCUGGUGCCUCCAAAGCCGCCCAGCUAGACACCGGGAAUAGCCGGUUCGCAGCAUACGCCUUCUACGAUAGCAGUGACCAGCCCGUUCGUGUACUGCUGUACAACUCGGAGUAUUAUACCUCAGGGACACGGAGCAGCGUGAGCGUGACACUGAGUGGCAUUCCCUCGACAUCCCCUUCCGUAUCCGCAUUGCGAUUAACUGGAGACGCCGCAACAACGACCGUCGGGGAGGGGGCGAUCACCGUCGGAGGACAGACUUUUGCGAACGCGACAUGCGAAUUACAGGGCACAAAGGAUAUGGAGACGACGCAAGCAACAGCAGGACGGGCGACAUUCACUGUCCAGGCAUCUGAGGCGUUGCUUAUUUAUGUGUAA